UAUUUACAAUAUCACAUGACCCCCUCAAUCCUCAAAUUUAAUCCACGACAUCAUGGCGCAACUGCUUCGUGCCGCCGCGAACGGGAACCUAGAGAAGGUGAUCGAGCUGCGCAGCGACUGGGGCUUCCAGAACAAGAAGGGCGAGUCAGUGUUGCACGUGGCGGUGGCUGAAGAUCAGCUCGAGAUCGUGCAGCACCUCGUGUCCAAUGGCGCCAUGCUUAAUCUGCAGGAUAAGAAGCGCCGUUUCACACCGCUGAUGCUUGCGCUGGCGCAGCAGCCACCGAGCUAUGAGGAGAUUUUCCUUGCUCUGCUAAAAAGCAAACCCGAUCUGAGUGUGCAAGACUCGUCGGGCCAGACGGUGCUGCAUCUGGCAGCAGAGUAUGAGGAGGUGGAGUCGUUAAAGCUACUGCUCCGAUCGAAGCCCAAGGUGGAUGCAGUCGACAACAAGAAGAUGACGGCGCUCCAUGUCGCGGUCGGAAAGGGAAACCUCGAGAUCGUUCAGCUGCUGAUUGAGACCGGUCGUGCUAAUGUUAACGUGAUGGACGCCAAGGGCAACACGCCAUUGCACUGGGCGUGUAUCAUGAACAGUGAUGAUCAAAUUGAACUCAUCAACUAUUUGAUCUCCAAGGGCGCCAAACCUCUCAAGAACACCCACGGCAACACUCCGCUGCACUCGGAGGCGAUGCAUUGUGAUCCUACUGCGAACUGGCCCAGUGCAGCCGCGGAGACGUUGACUACUGCGUUCCCAGACUUGAUUGCCGAAGUCAACAAUAACGGCGUGACUGCACAGCAAACCUUUGAGCAAGAUAUCGAUGCUGAAGACCCAGUGAAGGAGUCACCAGUUAAAUCCUCGAAGAAGGGUGGCCGUCGCGGCAAGGGCGCAGACGAUGAGCUAUACCAAGACAACACUGCUGCUGCCCGUGCUGCCGCUAUUGCCCACGCGAAGAAGAAGGUCUCCAACAAGAGUAGCAAGGAAAGCAGUGGCAUGGCUCCGUACAUGUGGGUUGCCCUGAUUUUUGCUCUUCUGGCUGUCUUGAACGCCAUGUUUUCGUCGUAGAUGUAGGUUGCAAACUUAUCCCAACGUCUCCAGUGAACUAAAGUGUGCUGACCUAACUGUAUUUUGAAUUCUAACGCGGUUCAAGAUCUCAGUCACUAUCAGACGACGAUUCACCACCAUCGUGACGCUCAAUAUCUUCCUCUUCUUCUUCUUCGUCUUCUUCACCGACAUCGGCCUCGUCUUCGAUAAACUGAUUGCGGCUUCGAGAACACCCAGCGAUUUCCAUCUCUUCGUCGGAAUCGGUCUCACCCUCGUACGGGUCUUCAUCGUCGUCACUAUCUUUCUCUUCGUCUUCUUCUUCAGAUCCCUCCACUCCACUGUACUCGCUAUCCUCGUUAGCAAGGAAGCCCUUCAAGUUGCCAUUCUCAUCGACGUCUUCCUGGUCCAAGCGACUCGGGAAAUCCAAUCGUCCAGUAAGAUCAGGCAAGUCAAGAAGAAUUUCAUCCUGGUUGCCAUCUAGGUCGUCAAAUAUGCUCGACAACAGAACCUGCUGAACCAAACCAAUCUUACGCUCGAGCUGCCAGUGCUCGCACAGCUGCUUCAGCAAACAACCAACAUCACGAACGGUUGACAAACUCUCCAAGAGCGGAUGCAGUAGCUCCAUAACUUCAGCGUUCGACUCCAUCAGCGCUACACGACGCUCUAGUGCUGAGACGAAGGACGGGUCACGCACACUCAAGUGGCCAUUCUCCACAGCAGACGCCAUUUUGUUCAUCAACACACUGGAGUUGCCCGAUCCGGCCUCAAAAACUUGUAUCAGCUGCUUUGCCGAUAAGUUGACACCCAAUCCUUCCAAAAAGUCAACACUAACCAGCUCGGGACAAGUAUCGAGCAGGAAGCGUGCUGUCUUGCUCUCUUUAAAACCCCACUCCGCAGCGAACAAUCGAACGAGCCGACCAACUUCCACGAGCUCCCAACGCUCUCGAGCAGCCGAGUCGAUGAGGCGAGAAAAUAAUGAUGAGUUGUUAUCAUCACAGUGAUCAAAGUCAAAUCCACGUUCAUCGUCGCUUUCCGAUGAAGAAGACGCAUCAGUGAACUGAGCAACCGGAGGUGGUACAGACUUAUCUGGCACUGCAGGUGUGCGCGGGGGUACAGACUUAUCUGAGCUUUUUGAUAGCACUGCAGGCUUACGUGGUGUUUCUUGAGCAGGCAAGAACAUGUCGCUCUUCUGUUUUGCAUCCUUAGCUAAGGAAGCCACAAUUGGCGUCAUCGAUUCUCUGGAAAUAACAGUCUCCUUUUCCUCGUCACGAAUAACAUUCUUGUUAGAAAC